AUGCACAAUAAUAAUAAUAAUAUAAAUAUUAAAUCACUAUCCCCCACGAUCCCACAAGACCCUGACUUCGACUCCUCUGACCCUGACGAUGACUCCUAUGAUUUCAGCUUCUAUGACAACGGGUCCCUCUCCUCCGCCUUCGACGACAUCUUCGUCUGCUGCAGCUUCGACAACAGUUCCGUCCCUCCCUACAACAACAGCUGCGUCUCCCAGCACUACAACAACGGCUCCGCCUACCCCUACUACAGCUACGACUUCGGCUACCACUCCGCCUCUCCUUACUAUGACAACAGCUCCUCCUCCUCCAACUACGACAACGACUCGGCCUCCUCCAACUACGACAACGGCUCGGCCUCUCCCUAUUACGACUACAUAUCCGCCUCUCCCUACUACGACAACAGCUCCGCCUCCUCCAACUACGACAGCAGCUCCGACUACGACAACGGUCCCGUCUCUUCCUACUACGACAACGGUCCCACCUCUCCCUUCAACGACAACGGCUUCAACAACGACAACGACUCCGUCUCUCCCUACUACGACAACGGUCCCGCCUCUCCCUACUACGACAACGGUCCCGCCUCUCCCUACUACGACAACGGUCCCGCCUCUCCCUACUACGACAACGGUCCCGCUUCUCCUUUCAACGACAACAGUCCCGCCUCUCCCUACUACGAAAACGGUCCCACUUCUCCAUACUACGACAACGGCUCCAACAACGACAACGACUCCGUCUCUCCCUACUACGAAAACGGUCCCGCCUCUCCCUACUACGACAACAGCUCCUCUUCUUAA